CAAGCACAAGCACAAGCACAAGCAGAAUCUCAAACUAUGAAUACUAUGAUUAGUUCCAGAUCAGUAGGUAGUGAAUCUUCUACAUCAACCAAUAAUGCAAAUAAAAACCCAUCGCAAACUCAACAAUCAAGAAGAUUGAAUAAGUUAUUAAAGAAGUUAAAAUUGAAAUCCAAUCCUUUACUUAACAACAAUUAUUCAUCAUCAUCAACAACAACAUCUUCAUCUUCAACUAUUAAUAAUUCUAAUAGUAUUAAUCAUACAGUAGCUAUUACAACUCCUAAUGAUAUUUUUGAAAGAAGUUUAGAAAGUUCAGCCAUUGCUACUAUAAAUAAUCCAGAAAUUCCAACACAUUAUAAUAUUGAAAAUUUUACAAAUCCAAUUCUUGAUACUACGACGGAAUUUAUAAGUGAUCCAAAUGUUGAUUUUUAUAAUGAUGUAAAAUUAAAUUAUUAUGAUGAUAGUAAUUAUGACGAAAGUCUUGGAUCUACAGCUCAUCCAAUAAUUCAUGAACAUGAACCAUUAAGUACAACAACAUCAAAUAAUAAUAGUAAUUCUGGAGAAUGUUUUUCAAUUCCCUUCAGAUCAAGAUCAAGAUCUAUAAUCAGUAAUAAUUUAUUAAAUACAUUAAGUCAAUCAUCUACAAAUGCCGCCAGUACAAAUUCAUCCUGUUCAUUUUCGAAUCUUCCCAAGUUAUAUAAAAGAAGUUUAUCAUGGUCAAAUACUUCUGGAGAUUUCCCAAGAAGACAAUCUCAUCAACCACCACCAUCAAAGGAAACAAAUAACGAUGAGUCAAUUCAGAAUGCUACUAUUGACUUUUAUUCCUUUGCUGAUAUGUUAUCUCAUGAAGAUGAAGCCUUUGAUAAUUGUACUCCAAUUGUCGAUGGUCACGCUCAUGGACAUAUACAUCAUGAACAUCAUAACCAUCAUCAUGAACAUAAUCAUACACAUGAACAAGAAAAAGAAAAACAUCAUUCGCAUCAUACUAAUAUAAAUUCUACAUCAGGCUUGGCUAGAUCAAAAUCGGUGCCUAGUUCAUCUAUGGGAUCUGCCAUGAAUGAUAAUGAUAAUAAUAAUGAUAUUAACAAUGAACAAGCUAUACUUGAUGAAGAAGAAAAAAUCGCCUUGUCACCUACGCGGUUGCCAAAUUUACCAUUAAGACGGUCAAGUUACACUACUAUUAGUGUUAAGGAUUAUAUCGGAGUAUUAUAAUUGUAGUGUGUAGGUUAAUAUAAUAUAAAUAUAAACAUAUAAAUAUAUAAACAUAUAAAUUAUAAAUAUAUACAUAUGUAAGUAUAUAUAUAUAUAUAUAUAUAUAAUAUAAACGUAUAACUAUGUAAACG